AUGGAUUACAUGAAAAAUGCUGAAGACGUCUCUGCAAAAGUUUUUUUCUAUCUCCAUGAUACAGAAGGAUGGAAAGUGGUAAAAUCUAUGAAACAUAUGGAUAUCCUGGCCAAACCUUCAACAGAAUUUCCAGGAGUCCUAUACCGGACUGAAGUGUCUCUGGAGAUACCCUCUGACAAAUUAUUCCCCUUUGUUUACCUGCCUGAGUAUCGCAGCAAAUGGGACAAAUCGUUGCAGUCGUAUAAACUUGUAGAAACAAUUGACCAGGACACUUUCAUUUAUCGCAGUAUUACCCACAGUUACGGCUUUGGAAUGGUUUCGCCAAGAGAUUUUGUCUACAUGCUGCACGUAAAAACCUAUGAUGGAAAUUUAAUGACAACAAACUCUAUCAGUGUGGCUUAUCCCGAUUUACCUGCAACUCCAGCUUAUAUUCGGGGCACUACUUUCUCUUCCGGCUAUGCCUGUCUUCCACUACCAGAGAACCCAGAGCACACCAAACUUCAGAUUAUCGUCCAGGUGGAUUUGGGAGGCUUUCUACUGCCUUCGGUGAUCGAUUCCGUUAUGCCCAUGAGCCUCAUAAACUUUGUGACCGAUUGCAAGGCUGGAUUUAAGAUGUUAAGAGAAACGGAGACAUAA